AAAUGGGCUAAAAAAAGAAAAAAUGAAUAACUGUUUACUUUCAUCUGAGUAAAAUAUCAGACGGUUUUAUUUUACCAUCGGAAGUGUGUUACUAUUGUUUACAGUAGCCGUAGCUGCCUUGAUAACGCCAGCGCUGCAGGUCUCCAGGGACAACACGCACGUACGCAAAAGAAACAAACGCGCACAGACAGAAAGAAACCCAGAAGCAGCAGCAGGCAGACAGCGGAGAGGAGGUAAUGUAGCAGGUGGAAGUGCUGCAAUCGUUACCUGACUCAUACUUCUUCUAUUCGAUAGGAGGGAGAUGCAUUUCCCUCCCCUGUUUCCAAGCUGCUGCGCAGAAAUCCGAAAUUUAGGAGGAGCGGAAAAGGAGCGGAGCGUCGACUUACUUUGACGAACACAGCGAAGGAUAGAGCGCCUGUUAUUGCAAAAAGUAACGACCAAGCAUUGUUAGGUUGGGUGUUACGCAUGUAAAAAAGUGUGGGGAGAAAGUUUGGGAUAAUUAGCCAGCAGAAGCUAUUAGUCACCGAGUCUCUAAGCGUGUGGUGCUGGUGGGUGUUAGGGGAGGGUGGCAUACAGGUGCCCACACCGCAGAGCGAGAUGGUCCAGUGCUCCGUCCGGUGUUAAUGCUGUUAUCUUCACCUGGACCUGAAGCGAACAUGAAGGACGCGGGGGAAUCAAAGGACCACCAACUAACUGUUGCCUUGAGGAUUCGACCCCUAAGUGAUGCAGAGAAGGAAGAGGGGGCUACCAUUGUGGCCCACAGAGUGGACGACCAGAUGGUGGUUCUGAUGGACCCCAUGGAAGAUCCAGAUGACAUCCUGCGUGCCAACCGCUCCAGGGAGAAGACUUACAUGUUUGACGUGGGAUUCGACUUCUUGGCCAGUCAGGAAGAGGUUUACCGAGCUACAACCAAAGAGCUCAUUGAAGGCCUCAUAUCAGGCUACAAUGCCACUGUGUUUGCCUAUGGACCCACAGGUUGUGGGAAGACCUAUACCAUGUUGGGCACUGACAAAGAGCCAGGCAUCUAUGUCCGCACUCUAAAUGACUUGUUUUGUGCCAUUGAGGAGACUAGUGACGACAUGCUGUACAGCGUGUCCAUGUCCUAUCUAGAGAUCUAUAAUGAGAUGAUCAGAGACCUGCUGAACCCAUCCUCAGGCUUCUUGGACUUAAGAGAAGACUCUAAGGGUGUGAUUCAGGUAGCAGGCAUCACAGAGGUGUCUACCAUCAAUGCCCAGGAGAUCAUGGAGUUGCUGAUGAAGGGCAACAAGCAGCGAACGCAGGAGCCAACAGCUGCUAAUAAGACAUCGUCUCGCUCCCACGCUGUGCUUCAGGUUGCGGUGAAGCAGCAGAGUCGCUGUCGUGACGUCUUGCACGAGGUCCGCUUUGCUCGGCUUUUCAUGAUUGACCUUGCCGGCUCAGAACGAGCAGCUCAGACUCAGAAUAGAGGUCAGCGGUUGAAAGAAGGAGCUCACAUCAAUCGCUCUCUCCUGGCUUUGGGCAACUGCAUUAAUGCCUUAAGUGACAAAAAUGGCAACAAGUACGUCAACUAUCGAGACAGCAAGUUGACUCGCCUAUUGAAGGACUCACUUGGUGGGAACAGCAGAACAGUGAUGAUAGCUCAUAUUAGCCCCGCCUCUACAGCUUUUGAGGAGUCUCGAAACACGCUAACAUACGCUGACCGUGCCAAAAGCAUUCGUACACGGGUGAAGAAGAACCUGAUAAAUGUGUCAUACCACAUUGCUCAGUACACAAACAUCAUCUCUGACCUACGCUGCGAGAUCCAGCGGCUCAAAAAGAAGAUCACAGAGCAGAGCACCGACCGAGCUGAUAUCCGAAACAUCCAGGCGGAGGUCCAAGCCCACUCCUGCCAGCAGAGCAGAGCAGAGAUGGACGUGUUGAGGGAGCAGCUUCUGGACGCUUUCCGGCAGCAGAUGAAGAUCAGAAAGAGCCUGAUCGAGCUGGAGAACAGCAACAUGGAGAUGCAGAUUGACACCUCCAAACACCUUGUCACCAUUGCAGACUGGGAGCAGGAGCAGAGUAAACGCAGGAGAAAGUGGCGUGCAGAAAGAAGGAAGGAAAGUGUCAAUAAAGACGAAAGCGAGAAGGAAUCAGAUUCGCCAGAGUCUCCCCCAGACAGCACAGAGACCCGGGAGGUAGCAGUGGCUCGGGAAAACCUAGUCACUCUAAUGGCCGAACAGACGAAGAUUCAAAAGCAAAAGGGUUUACUAGAGCACAGGUUUCUGGAGCUCCGGGAUCGAGCCCGACGCCUGGAGGAGCUGCUUCCUCGGAGGGUGAGCUCAGAAGAGCAGCGUGAAGUCCUUGGCCUCCUCUGCAAGGUCCAUGAGCUGGAGAUCGAGAAUGCAGAGAUGCAGUCCCAUGCUCUGAUCAAAGACAACGUCAUCCGACAGAAAAACUUUGUGGUGCAGCGCUUUGAGCAGCAUAGACACCUGUGUGAUGAGCUCAUUCAGCAGCAGAGACAGUUCAUAGACGACCACAGUCUCCUUGUGCCACUGCACCUUCAGGACCUGUAUGAGAUGUACAUGAGGGAGCUGGAUGAGAGGAAACUGGAGAGAGCUGUAGCCCUGAACAAGGUGACCACCAAACAAACCAUCAAGGAGGGAUCUUUACCAAAGAUCUCUUUGCCAGUUCAGGGUCGCGAUUACACACAGGAUGUAGAUUCUGACCAGGAGAGCGUACGCAACGUGUUGACAGACAACAGACGAGGUCAAGCCAAAAUACGCAGACACACCUUACCUCCCAUUCUGCCUGAAGCUGAGCCUGACAGGGUUUUUAAGAGCAGUCCUCAUGCCAAGCAGAUAAAGAACUCAGCUGUAAUGACCCCUCCUCCGAUACACAUAAAUGGGAAAGGAAACAGAGAGCUGCAGCCUCUGGCUCCUGAAAGCUUCACAAGCUACAGCCAUCUCAGCCACAGCAUCAGCAGCCAACUGGACUCAUCACCCGAGAGCAGUGAAGCUGGGGGGGAUAUGACCCUUUCCCGAAAUGAACGGCAGCAGAUCCUUAAAGGGGUCCAGAACAUUGUGGUAAAAGCAGCCCGUCGACGUUCCAAAGCCCUGGAGGUGGAUGUCCUUCGGUUACCCACUGCCCCCUCUCCUUUGGACCCCAAGAAGCAGAAAAGCAACUUCUCUUUGAUUGAGGCGCCCCCUAGAGGUCUGCCUCUGCGGCGUGGCAGGCAACCCAGCCCUGAGCUGAGACAUGCCACCUCUGAUGAUAACCUGUCCAGCAGCACAGCAGAGGGACCUGGUCUGCAUGUGACCUGGACACGUCCUCGUAACCGCCACCCUGCCAGCAAGAACCAAACACCUCGUGAGGUGGACUUCGAGGCUCGUCGCAAGAAAAGACGCUCAAGGUCCUUUGAGGUCACUGGUCAAGGACUGCCUCAGACCAAAGCCAUCACAGCUCAGAGGUUUCGGCCUCUGGACAGCACAUCGGACCCUCACCUUCAUAUUAACGGCCAACCCCAGGCCCCCAUGCUGCGUCCCCAGUACAGAGGGGUCCCUCCUAUCGCCAAAAUCAGGCCUAACCACAGCACACACACACACACACAAGCAGGAUCAAAUACUGAGUCCUCUACAGCCAGCAUUAAUAACCUGAAGAGAGGACCUCAGCUUCGGCACCCCCACCCCCUACUCUAUGUCACCACCACAGGCACCGGGGCCCAGCGCACUCGCAGACACUAAGCCCAACACUAGCAUCUACAGCCGCACCAGCUGAGCCUGAAACUCUGAGUGAGGGACCUGAGGACUAAGAGAGAAAAUGACAAACAAAAUGACAGCAGACAAACGCUGGAGGCCUUGACGCAGGUGCCGGUCCUGUACGGACUCUGUGGGCAAGGCCACCAUCAGGCUCUUAGAUCCACUCGUCUGAAGACACCACAGAUUUGUACAUUAACAGUGCCCAUUCUGUCCUGUCAAGAAUCUUGACUUUAAUCCGCAGCUGUGCUAAAUAUCUUGUGUUUCAAUGAGUUUAUGAAGAAGCUCACUGUGAAUACAACUCAGCUGUUUGUUGUGAAUGUUUAUGUUUUUUGUAUUUUUGUUAUGAAAGCCUGAAAUGAAACAAGUCGAGGACACUCAGCAAGCUCAGCCUGAGGAUGUAAAUACAGCCUGACUUCCAUCUGUCAAAACAAAGCAGAGAAAAUUCACACUUUCAUCCUAAUGUCAGUGCUGUACUACACGGAGCAAUGCCCUACUUUUAAAAUGUGAGCAAAUGUUUGUUCAUAUCAGAGUAAAGCACUGAUAUUUGUGAGAAAAAAACUAAAUGUGUGUAUUUUGUGGAUUCUAUAUCCUUUCCCCACAUCUGCCUUUUUACACCAAAUAUUUCCUUAUUAAAUAUGUUUGUGCAGAUGCAUACCUUAGCACCACAAGGUGUUUGUUUUCCAGAUUAGCUGAUUCAGUUUAUAAUUAACUAUUUAACAAAUGCCUUUUUCUUUUAUGAAAUUGACAAUUUUCAUAUUUGCUCCUUCUAUUCUUUAUUUUAUAUAAUUUUUUUAUUUGUUCCUAAAUAAAAUUUACUGACACUUA